CAAUAAUAUCAGUUUGUGUCAAGUUGUGUCGGCUGCUGUUAAGGGUCUCAGAUAUUCACACAUCAUUUUGAAUUGUAUCAGCGAAAAAAAAGAACGACGUGGAUGGCCCGUGGAUAUGGGAAACGCAACAUGUUCCACAAUACGUGAUGGAAUGCUCGUUCGAUUUAUAUUUUGAACGAAAAUUAACGGAGUGUUAUCAGGUUACUUUCUUGUUAUAGAACUACAGCGAUUGGUGUACAGUGUAUUUAAGAGCUACAGUCAGCUACAAUUAAAUGUAGACCUUUGAUCCUUAUCUAUUACAGUAGAAGAGUAAUACACGUUCUGCUGUAUACUUGACUUGAGGAUAAACCCCGCCGUCGUUUUAAAAAGUGAUCAUCUUAGGAUCAAAAAGAAUGGACGAAGCUCAUCGUCUGAAGAUAGCGGUCGUAAGAAAUGCGAUUGGCACGUAUCCUGACUUUCCAAAACCAGGAGUUAUAUUCAGAGACGUGUUCAGUAUUCUGACCAAUGUCAGUGCAUCACAGGUAUUGAUGGAUCUCAUGGUGGAGCAUGCAAGGUCGUUGGGAAUUGAUGUAAUCGUAGGUUUGGAUGCCAGAGGAUUCUUGUUUGGACCCUUAAUAGCUGCCAAACUUGAGAAACCAUUCGUACCUAUAAGGAAGAAGGGCAAGUUGCCUGGUCGAGUUCUGUCUCAGUCUUUUAAACUUGAGUACGGGGAGGAUACUUUUGAAAUACAAGAAAAUGUUCUGGGCAAAAGGAAACGUGUGCUAGUCGUUGAUGAUCUUCUCGCAACUGGAGUUUUUUUUUCAGAAAACGAGAGGCAUUUUUGCAUGUACAAUGCAGAUAGAGAUUACAAGACUUAAUACCAAUUUCAAUUCCAGGGACAAUGGCGGCAGCUAUUCAGUUGUUGAAUUUAGCUGAGGCGAAUGUUCAUUGCCUGGUAGUAAUAGAGCUGACAUCACUCAAUGGACGUAGCAAAUUGGCGGCUCCCGUACACUCCAUCGUACAAUUUGAAUAAUUAAACUUAUAAAUGAUGCACAAUAUAAAUAAGAAAACAUUCCGGCAUUA